CAACUAACCAAGUAGGGGAGACUCUUUGGUACCUUUCGUCCUCUUGCCACGUUUACCAAUGCCUUCUGCUCAGAUCUACCUCCUUGCUGGCUUCACAGCUCUCACUUUAUGCCUCCUAAAUCGCCUGAUAAAGAACUACUUAGCCCUUCACCAUCUCCAUCUUCCAGGUCCGAUUCUAGCAAAACUCACAUCAAAAUGGCUUCUCGUGAACUUUGCGCGCGGUAACCAGAUGAACGCCGUGCACGCGCUUCAUCUCAAACACGGCCCUGUCGUUCAGAUCGGUCCGCGCGAAAUCUCAUUCUCUUCCGGGAAAGCACUCAAGGAUAUCUAUUCUCCAAUGACGAAAUGCAUGAAAUCUCCGAUCUAUGAGUCCAUGGGCCGUCCGGGGGUAUUUGGCAUGCGGGAUAAGGAACAGCAUCGGGAAAGGAGGAAUCGAGUGGCUCAUGUGUUUGCGAUGAAUGUGCUGAAAGAGCUGGAGCCUGCUGUUCAGGCGCAAAUCGCGAAUUUGACUAGAAUUCUGGGGGAAUGUGGGGGUCGGCCUUUUGAUGUUGUUAAGCCGAUGAGGAUGCUGGCUCUGGAUAUUAUGGUAGGCGAAAUUCUCCUCGGUCAAUGUUUCAAUGCACUGGGUGCAGCGGACCCUCCGUAUUAUGUAACGGUUAUGAACUAUGUCCAUCCGAUGUUCUCAAUUGAUCGAGAAGUACCGUGGCUAGGGGCUUUUCUACGGAUGCUUCCUAUCAAGAAAUACGGUGAACAACAAAUGCGAGAUUCAAUUGCCAAAUUCGGUCGUCAUUCACCACGAAGGAAUAUCAUGACCAAACUCAUCGCUGGCGACCCCGAAAAAGGAACGCUCCCUCUGCCAGACCAGAAUAUUGCGGACGAAGUCAGUAAUUUCAUUUACGCAGCUGUCGACACCACCGGAGUCGUAAUGGCGUACUUCCUCUAUGAAUUAGCAUCGAAUCCUAUAUGGCAAGGCAGACUCCGAGAGGAGUUAAUAAUUGCGGAGAUCCGAGAGAAAGACUUCCCGUACCAGCAGAUACAACAACUACAGGUAUUGCAUGCUUGCAUGUAUGAAACUUUAAGACUUCAUCCCGGAGCUGGGGUUGGUCUUCCGCGGAUCACACCACCUGGGGGACUGCAGAUCGAUAACAUUUUUGUUCCGGGGAAUAUGACUGUUCAUACCCCGACUCUCACGCUUCAGCGCGACCCCUCCGUCUUCCCCAUUCCUGACUCUUUCAAUCCUAGUCGCUGGCUCACUUCCUCGAAUACCUUCGUUGCGAGUUCCGAAAUGCAGGCGCACACGUUCAUCUGGGGUGGCGGGGAGCACAAUUGUGCGGGCCAGAAUAUGGCGACCAUGGAAAUCAAGAUUAUGGCUGCGAGAGUGAUGAGUGAGUUCAAGGUUAGAGUGGAAAGUGAACGGACGCAUCAGAAUAUGCGGAUGCGUGAUCAUUUUGUCAUUGCGCCGAAAGGGGGGAAGGGGUUGCUUGUUUUUGAGAGGGUUGAGGUGAUGAAAGACUGA